UUGGGGCAAAAAGACUAAAUCUGGCCCCAUACACCCACGGUAGUACUAACAGUGAAGGCCAGGAUUUUUGAGGGCCGCUAGAGCCGAUGUCUGGAUUUUUAUCAGACGAGUGCGCCUAGCCUAGAGGUGAGUCCUGCGCAUGCCGACAGCACUUUCUGCGCAUGAUAUUAUAGCCCCACCCACAUUUCCACGGAAACCGGAGCCAUGCCAAAGAAGGGAAAGAAAUCGGACAAGAAAGGCAAGGGAAAGAAAGGGGGAAAUGACGAGGAGGAGAAAGAGGUGGAAAAGAAACCGUUCGAGGCUCCAGACAGCACCAACAAGGAGCUGGAACUGCAGAAAGAGCUGGGUGAGCUUGACACGGAGCUAGACACUCUGAAAAAGCAGGUCAAAGAGCUGAGGGAAGAGAAUGAGUGGCUACAGGAGGAGGCUGAGAAGACAAAGCUAGAGAGUGUGAGUCGAACGGCCUUUGAUUACUGCAUCAGUAGUAAUGUGGGUAGUGUGGAAUGUUUCGCUGCAGCAAGACUACCAGACGUAUGUCUCCCGGAAAGCCAAGAAGCGUGAGGAUCUCGUGACGUCUCUGACAGAGUACCACCAGCAAGAGCUGCAGAAGAUCCAGGCAGAGAGAGAGGCCCUCAUCAAGAAGUUUGAGGAAAAGAAAACUAAUUUGAGCAUGGUUUUGCUGGAGAAGGAGCAAGAGUUAUCUCGAGUGGAGGGAGAGCUAGAGAAACUUCAGCCUUUCAAGGAGCAACAGGUUCGCCAGGAGCAGGAGAUAAGUUCCCUGGAGAGAGAGCUGGAGGAGGCGAGGUUCUGCCACGAGAACUACGUGAGGCAGCUCAAGACUCAGUUCCUGCAGGAGAGGAGAGCCUACGAUGCUCAGAUGGCCACCCGGGUCAGAGUCAUGACCCAGAGAGCCAGCCAGCAAGCUUCAAAGUGUCUGGAAGAGCACACGGUGAAGAUCCGCUCAGAGAACAAGCAGCUGCGAGCGGAGCUGAAGCAGCUCAUCGAAACCACCAACGACCUGCAGCUCCAGAAGAAACGACUCUCCCGACAGUACAACACUCUAUUAAGAGAGCACCAGCUGAACCAAGACUUGCAGAGACUGAGUGUGUAUGGUACUACUAGGUCAACGGGGUGGGGGAGAGGGAAUGAGGGAGGGAGGAACGGUAGAACAUUGCCUGAAAUAUCCUCUCCACACACUUCCUCUGUCCUGCAGUAGAUGGUUUUUUAUGCAUAGUUUCGCAACAUGUGACUUGCGGUACAGCGGGAAACACACAUCAGCUGUCAUGAGCUCCACCAGUGAAAAUAAUUUUGGGUGGGUUAGUAUGCUGGUGCAUGGCCAGCAAUUCGUAAAAGUAUUCUCCAUGAAAUUUUGCU